AUGGCGGAGGGAGCAUGCCAGCUGUGCCGCCCCGACGAUAUCGAAAAGCGCCGUGUGCCCGCCAGGCGCACAGAGAUCCAGUUCUGGGCAGCUGCCCGCUUGGCAGACUGGCCCCAUGACCCUGGGCCUCCGGGUGCAUCCGACGUGGGCACCACCGGAAUUCAGGGCGCCCCGGAUCUGGGAGGCGUCCUGGAGGGAGGGGCUCCCGACUGGGAAAAGGGGCCCAAGAGUCCACUUCGACGUGCUCAGCUGGGGUCUCCGAGGCCUAAGGGUGGGGGCGAGCAGAGGGACCGGACCGGGGGCGGGAGCAGGGGCGGGGCGGGGCGGGCAGCGGCGGGGCUCGCGCGUUAUAAGGCGCGGCCCAGGCCCGGCCCCGCGACGCCGCUCCGGAGCCGCCCUCCGCUCGCCGCGCGCAUGGCCCCGUCCGGCCGCCCCGCCGGAGCGCGCCUGCUGCUCGUGUGCGCUGGCCUGCUGACCGCCGCCGCCGGCCUCGGCGACCCGGAGCCCCGCGCGCCCGCAGGGAGCCCCGCGCGCCCGCCGCCCGGGGCCGCGCCGUCCGCCCGCCCGGGCACGCCCGAGCAGGCACCAGGUGAGGGGGACCAACCUGCCGGGCUGGCUGUGUUCCAGGAGCCCACCACGGAGCCAGCGCACAGUGUCGACCCCAGGGAUGCCUGGAUGCUCUUUGUCAGGCAGAGUGACAAGGGUGUCAAUGGUAAGAGGAGGAGCAAGGGCAAGGCCAGGAGGCCAAAGCUUGGCCUGCCAGGGCCCCCGGGACCACCUGGCCCCCAGGGCCCCCCAGGGCCCCUCAUCCUACCCGAGACACUGCUGAAGGAGUUCCAGCUGCUGCUGAAAGGCGCAGUGCAGCAGCGUGAGUGCACGAAGCCUGAGCCCUGCAUUCGGUGUUCGGCUGAAACCACGGGCUCAAGCCCCGCCCCGGGCUCCAUUGAGGAUGAGGCAGCGGCCGGGGACAUGCUGGCGCUGCUGGCUGCGCCCCUGGUUCCAGGCCCACUGGCUAGGCGUGUGGAGGCGGCCUUCCUCUGUCGCCUGCGCAGGGACGCACCUGUGGAGCGCCGCACACUGCACGAGCUGGGCAUCUACUACGUGCCUGACUCCGAGGGUGCCUUCCGCCGCGGCCUGGGCCUGAACCUGACCAGCGGCCAAUACACAGCGCCCGUGGCUGGCUUCUACCUUCUGGCUGCCACGCUGCACGUGGCACUCGCCGAGCAGCCAAGGCACAGGCCUCUGCGCCCCGGGGACCGCUUGCGCCUGCUCAUCUGCAUCCAGUCUCGCUGCCAGCACAACGUCUCCCUGGAGGCUGUCGUGAGCCUGGAGAGCAGCAGUGAGCUUCUCACCAUCUCAGUGAACGGGGUCCUGUAUCUGCAGACGGGGCAGUAUGCUUCUGUCUUCCUGGACAACGCCAGCGGCUCCUCCCUCACGGUGCGGGGUGGCUCCCACUUCAGUGCUGUCCUCCUGGGUGUGUGAAUGGCCACAGGCAACACCUAGACAAUUGGAAGGACAGCCACCCAGGUAAAAGGAAGCCCACCUGGAACUCUGCCCACACUGGUCACUGCAGUUGGGCCCAGAGCUGGCCACUACAGGUGGCCCUACAGAGGUGACACACACCAGUGGUUCCAGGACCAGCAGUGAUGUUUUGAAAGUGGAAGAUCCCUCUGGGCUUCACCUUGGAACCGUCCAGCAUGCCCAGUGGCACUGUGUGUCCUCGGCUGUGAGCUAGCUCCCACAUGGCCCCACACAGCUCAGCUUUCCUGGGGCCCAUCUUUUUUGGCCUUCUCAUGGGCUACAGAGAGCCCUCUGCACAGGGCUGAUGGGCACCAAUGAGAAGUCAACCACACAUCCUCACUGCAUACUGGGGAGCCAGGCUGUCUGGGGCAGCGGCCUUGCCCACCACUCACCUGCUGACUUGGGCUUCCAAGCCUCUGUGCCUCUCCCCAGCCUUGCUUCUACCUGCCGUGAGCUUCAGGGACCUGCUUGGCCCCCAGUGGCCACUGAACUGAAGACCUGAUGUGGACUCUUGGCACAACUGCUUCAGGAACCAGAGGACGGCUGGACAGGGAAUUCCUUCUGGAGGACAGCAGCUCCCAGAGGCCUGGCUCCCAGCAGCUGUUUCCCUGCCAUGUGUGCCAAGCUCAACUCCCAAGUCCUCCUUGCAGGUGCCUCGGCAAAUGAAACCACACUCCCCCCAGUGAUCCUUCAGACAAGGCCUCCUGGGCCCACUCCAGAGGCCAGCUGGUCAAUAAGACCCUUUUCCAUCCCCUACCAGUUGACAGAUGGGAGACAGCCUGCCAGCCCAGGCAGCCAAAGCAAUGGUACAGGUGAACUGACCACUAUGGGCCCCAUGGGCAGGCCUGGUCUGAUUCUCGGUAGGACUUGUAUCCACCCUACCAAGAAGCACCAGGCUGGCCUGGGUCCCAACUCCCGUGUACUUUGAUAAGGGGGUGAUGUGGCCACACCCAUCCUGGAUUUCAGUUUGUUAACAUAGUUAUCUUUUCCCUUGAAAGAGCUGCACACGCACAUAUUUGCCCAAUGUAAGCAUGUUACAUAGUAUAAUGUUGUUGCCAGGAAGGAGAUAUUUAUAUAACUGACACGUGUUACUGUGUGAUGUGACCACACAAAGCUAUUUUAAAAAAAAGGGGAUGGAUCUGAGAGUCAGAAUCUUGACCCUUUAGCCCUAACCACCAGGAGUGCUGAACACCAAGGAGAUGCAGGUAGUCCCCAGCUGCAGGGUGGGAGGGGACUCCCCCUGCAUGGGCAGGGGGGACCUUGCCAAGGAUGCCAGGGCCAAGCCUCACCCAGAAGGGAAUGGGCACUUAAGAGAGACACAAACCACAGCCUUCAAGACACAGAAUGACACCUGGUUCGCUGUAGGAAGACAUCUACCAAAUAAACUGACAGACUCGAA